AUGACAACAUCAUAUCUACUUGCAAGGGAUGUCUGUAGUUCGCAGAAUCACUUCAAUGGAGAGAAUCUAGGUGCUAGGAUAUCGGCUGUUUUCGUAAUCCUAAUAGUUUCUGCAAUUGGAGCAUUUUUUCCAUUAAUUGCAAAACGAAACCCUUACUUCACUCUUCCCAAAUGGUGCUUCUUUAUAACAAGAUACUUCGGGUCUGGGGUGAUAGUAGCCACUGGAUUUAUCCAUCUAUUAGCUGAGGCAGACCAAGCUCUUUCAGAUGAAUGUCUUGGUGGAGUGUUUGAUGAAUAUCCAUGGGCAGAAGGAAUAGCACUUAUGGGGUUGUUUUUAAUGUUUCUUCUCGAUAUAGUGGCUCACAGGCGUCUUGAGGACAAGGUGAAAAGGGAAGAAAAAUUAAAGGCCGAAACAGGGUCAGUAGAAAAUGAAAAUUCACUUGAAAUGCAAACCGCUAAAGAGAAAGAGGAAGAUGCAGAAGAAGUUAAACUGGUAAGAGAUGAUAAAGAGACAGCAAAUAUAUAUCAACAAAUCUUAAAUUCAUUUCUACUAGAAUUUGGAAUAGUAUUCCAUUCGGUAUUCGUAGGAUUAUCGUUGGCAAUUGCAGGUAAUGAGUUCAAAGCGCUAUAUGUAGCAAUUGCAUUUCAUCAGAUGUUCGAAGGUUUAGGUUUAGGUACACGGUUUGCAAUGACACCGUGGCCAGAAGACAAACAAUAUAUUCCUUGGGUUUUAGCCUUAGCUUACAGUUUAACUACUCCCAUAGCCAUUGCAAUUGGUCUUGGUGUACGAAAUUCGUAUCCUCCAGGGUCAAGAGUAGCGUUAAUUACUACCGGAUGUUUUGAUGCAUUAUGUAGUGGCAUUUUGAUUUACAAUAGUUUGGUAGAGUUAAUGGCCUAUGACUUUAUUUUUUCUCCUGAAUUCAAGACGGAUGAUGGUAUGAAAAGAAUGCUUUGGGCAUACUUUUGUUUAGCAUUUGGAGCAGCAAUUAUGGCAUUAAUUGGAAAAUGGGCAUAA